AUGGCUACCCAAGAGUUCAAACAGGCUCCUCACUCGCUCCUAGUGAUCCCCGGCCCUAUCGAGGUCACCGAUGAGGUGUUAUUCGCCAAUGCGCAUCCAUCUGUCUCCCAUAUGUCUGGAGACUUCACGAAAGCCUUCGGUGAAAGCAUCAAGAUGACGAGGGAAGUUCUCUUCACACAGACGGCGCAACCGUUCCUCAUCUCGGGCUCCGGCACUCUUGGUUGGGACCAGGUUUCUGCCAACCUGAUCCAGGCUGGCGAGAACGUACUCGUACUGAACACCGGCUACUUUGGAGACAGCUUUGCUGACUGCUUAUCCACGUAUGGCGCGAAUGUUGACCAGAUCCGGGCCGACUUCGGCACCACGGUUGACCUUGCAGAACUCGAGAAGGCACUGUCUUCCAAGAAGUACAAAGCUGUGACUAUUACACACGUUGAUACUUCGACAGCUGUCCUUACGCACCCAAAGCCUAUCGCCGACAUCGUCAAGAAGGUCUCCCCAGAUACGCUCGUCAUCCUCGAUGCCGUUUGUGCUGUCGCAAGUGAAGAGAUCCGCAUGGAUGCAUGGGGCAUCGACGUCGUCCUCACCGCAAGCCAGAAGGGUCUCGGUGCGCCUCCGGGCCUGAGCAUCGUUGUCGCAAGCGAGAAGGCGUUGGCGGCCUUCAACGCUCGCACAGCCCCUGUGCCCGCAUUCUACGCGAGCUGGAAGCGUUGGUUGCCGAUCAUGCAGGGCUAUGAGAAGGGCGCACCAGCGUACUUCGCUACGCCGCCGGUCAACCUCAUCUACGCGUUCCACCAGGCGCUUACGCAGAUCACGCGUGGCGCCAUCUCGCUCGAGGACCGCUUCAAGGGGCACCAGGAAACGAGUGCUCGCGUAAAGGCAGCUGCGAAGGAGCUUGGUCUGGGAUCCGUUCCAGUCGACCCUUCUGCUGCAGCGAACGGCAUGACGGCCGUCUACUGCCCUGAGGGCGUCAAGUCCUCUGAGCUAGCACCCGCUUUCAUGAAGAAGGGCCUCAUCAUCGCCGGUGGUCUGGGUACGCGUAAGGACACGUACUUCCGCAUCGGACAUAUGGGCGUAACGGCCGUAGAUGGCUCUCGAGGCGAUGUUGACAGGAUCAUCUCCGUCCUGCGCGAGGUGAUCGCGGAGAAGACUGGCAAGGAUAUCCGCCACAGCAAAGCGCUUCUCUGA